GAGGCGGCCAUUAAUACCCUUGGCCAAGACACAACCUAAAUCCGAACACACAUCCAAAAGCUUUCCCUCAAGCAACGCGGUGUUGAGUUCGCCCCCUUGUUAAGAAAUUGGCAGCACUCGGCCCAGCCCUUACUCCCCCGUAAUCCAUUUUCUAUCCAGAAGUCGACUGUCCAUCGACACUCGCCAUGACCUCGCCUGCAUAUCCUCCUUACCCACGUCGAAACUCCCAAUCUUUUGACCCAAACACUCCGCCUGCACCUCCGCCGAAGCCGAGCAGCCAGGAGGUGAGUCGUCGCAGCACGCCUGCCGGCAGCCAGUCCUUGAUUCCUCCACCGGCGACGCAGCAGCAGCAUCAGGACCACUUCGGCACUCGCGGGGGAGCCUCUGAUGAUCUCCAGCAUGUGCAGCAAGCCCGAAUGAAUGAGGCGGCUUAUGCACAACAAAACCAAGAUCCGGGCGACCAAUGGCUCCCAAAAAUCUUGGAGAAUAAACUUAAACAAGAUCUCGCCGACGUCCUUGCGAAGCCAGAACUUCUAGCUGCUCUUGCACACUCGUCGUCAAGCGCACACCCAUCUAUUGCUGCAUCACAGGAGCCGUUGCAAGCAGCGUUGAAGGAGAACAUAGCCCUUGCAUCACACCUCAAUGAAAUCGAGGCACGCCUAACGCAUUUAAGAUCCUCGACUCAAGCUCAGCUGCUGUCCACGCAUGCCCUAGAACGGCAAUGGCGCCAGAAGCAGUCCGACAUGGAUCGUGCACUGGCACCAUUUUCUCCGUCGUCUCUUUACCAGAGGCUCAGUCAGGGGGUUCAAGAACAGGAGAUGGUGUGUCGGGCUCUGGAGGAGAGUUUUCUGGAAGGAGACGGCGCUACUGCAAGUGAAAGAGAAGCUCUUGAGUGGGUGAGAAGAUAUCGCGAGGCUAAGAAGAUUUAUUACUCGCGCCAGGAACGGAAAGAAAGGUGGGAUGAGGGACGAAUAGGAGGUUGGACGUAGUAGGCAUUUCGCUGACGGGGAGUUGAAAACAUGGGCAGAAACCGAUGGAUCUUCCUCGCAGCAUUUCCCUCUGGCUGGUUUCACACAGCGCCAUCGGCUACAUCAAUGCCAACACCUUGGUCUGAAUGCGGGCGAGGAUGCUGUUACAUAACAUGUCGGUAGGCAAAAUCCUAGCUGGUCGUUCUUAGGGAACUUUGGUUGCUUGCCUGCCUUAUUUUGUGCGUGGCCUCUGGGGCGUGUACCGGAAAGGAUAGAAAUGCGAUCUGCUAGAAGAGUUCUAUGGCGGGAGUGCAAGCCUGUAAAGCAACGGUAGUGAAGAAAAUUCUCAUCUAGGAUGCAAUGGCCCUAGCUAGCUAGUUUCUAGAAACCCGUCCGGUGUGGCAUUUUUCCU